UUCUCUUCCAGGCGGGGAGAAGUAUGGUGGGAGUGAAAUCUUUAUCUCUUUCGCUAAAUGAAUGAUAAAAUUGGAAUUUACUUUCAUAUUCAUUCAUCUGGUUUGGCAGUUUGGCGAAUGAAACGAAUACGAAUAAAGAAAUGAUGACAAAUCGAGGAAAAUUCUAUAGAAAAAAGUGAAAUUCAAGAUUUCAUCCGUUCAUCGACUACUACCAUAGCCAUUAUCCAUAUUUAAAAUGAAUUCCGAUGUUCAACUUGCUAUUGAUAAAUGCAUCCUUUGGUCAGAUCUUCCAAUUAAUAUUAAACAAAGUUUGGGGAAUUCUCAAAAAGAAUACGAAAAAUGUAUAAUUUCCUACAGUAUCAAUAAUCAACUGCGUUAUCGUGAAAACUUGAUCCGGUCCGUGUACAAAGAUGAGAAAAAAUAUUACGAAGAAUUGCUCACUUACAGCCAAGAUAACUUGAUGCUGUAUCCGUACCAUUUAGCUGAUGUUAUAGUCAAAGGCUUGAGAGUCACACCAUUCCAAUAUUACAUAUCCAUUAUCGAAUCUAUGAUAGAUCACGAUAAAAGUUACGAUUCCAUACCAAAUUUCACAGCUAUUGAUUGCUUAAGACUGUUGGGUAUUGGACGCAAUGAGUACAUAGAACUAAUGAAUCAAUGUAGAUCAGGAAAAAAACUUUUUAGAAGGAAAAGCAUAUGUAAAAAUUUACUUCCUGUGAAGCCCGUCGAUAUUCACAUAGAACCGUGGUGGUUAGCUGAAACUGGUUUUAUAACUGACGAAGAUGUUAAAAUGGUAUCUGAGGCAGAAAAAGCUCUUAUCGACUCCAUUAUCGAUCAUGGCAAACAAAAAGCUGGUCAAUUAGACUACAAUUUAGUUUGUUCGUUGUAUAAGAAAGGUUUGUUAUACUUGGAAGUACCUAUAGAAGACGACGAUCAUAUCAUUGUUUUAACGUUGGAAGGCUUUGUGAUGAAUCGUGUGCUUGGAGAUUAUUUAGAAAAGUUGUUGUACAAAAUAUUAGUUUCAAUCGAUGAAAGAACAUCGGUUGCUGAAUUGGCGACCCUACUACAAAGGGAUAUUAAAGCUGUGAAAGAUGCUAUAUCCUUGUUUUGUCGUCUCAAUCUUGCCAAGAAAAAAGGUGUAAAUCAAAGUGUGCAUUACACUUGGAAUGAAGUUACCAGUUCUCCUAUUGCUGAUUCGAAGUUGAAAAAUCAUAUCAUAACUGACGAUCCGUUGUUGAAAGAACUAAAUGAUGCCUUAGCCGAAACUAGUUCUUUGUUUAAAGAUGAAGAUGAAAAUACUAGUAACGUAAAUAAUUAUCAAAUAAUGGAUAGUCCUCCAUCGUCACAAAAACGUAUAGCUUUUUUCUUCGAUUCAACAUUAACAGCAUUUUUGAUGAUGGGUAAUCUAUCUCCUGACCUGAAAAAACAUGCUGUGAAAAUGUUUGAAGCUGGAAAGCUAACCAAUGAAGAUUUAGACGAAUUCUUAAAUGAAUUGAAAAAUGUUAGCUCAGUUCGCGAUGAAAGCGAAGGCGAGGCUAAACGAUAUUUUGAUCACGCUUUGAUAUUGAGAGAGACAGUUCUGGCAUUAAGAAGUAAUUCUACCAAACUGAUUGAUCUAAUAAGAUGCGAAAGUUUACAAUCAUUGGAUCAAGAAAUUGAUAGAUUUUUAGAAAAAAAUUAUUUUUUAUUGGUGUCCAUGGCUCCUUUGAGCAAGGAAGUCAAACCUAUAACAUGUUCCACAUUACCCCAUCUAGGACCACCGGAUUUGGCCGUGAAUUCGAUCUGGUUUAAAUUAUUUUUAUAUAAAACCGUUGGAUGUGGACCACCGUCUGUAUUGUUUCCUCGUGGUACAAGAGUGAAAAAAAUACCAAAAAUAUUUCGAAAUAACUGUGAUAAAGUAUUGAUUACUUCUUGGGGUCAUGAACCGGCUAGUCUACCACUUUCAAACAUGCUAUAUGCAUUGAACGAUGCGUUACUAUAUACACCAGUAUUGGUGCAAAGUCAUGGAAAAGAUGAACAAAUGUUUAGUAAUACUUGUGUCCUUUCGUUUCCUUUUAAAGAUGACGUCGUGUCGGAAUUUGGUAUUAAGUGGUCGAUGCAUAAAGGUAUGAGAACACUGAAUGAUGCUUUCAAUCUGAACAAUACGUGUGGAUAUAUUACCAUGUUACGUACUGACAAUCAUUCAGUCUGUAAACAUAGUUCUUCCGAUAUGAAUACAGAAAAUACGUCAAAAUCAACUUGCGAACAUUCCACAGAUUUGCCAUCAAAUGGAAUCACCAGCGAAGAAAAUAAAGUCUUGCUCCAGCAAGAAGUAGAUGACAGCAGAAAUUUUGUAAAAAGUUCAGAGUCUCCGUUGCCUGAUACUUCAGCAAAUUCUAAUGAUCCGAUCGUUACGAAAGCAGAAACUUUCACUCGCAGAGUAAAAUUGCCUAUUCCAUCAGCAUCUAUGCCUACAAUAGACGACUGGUGUAUAUUGGAUUGCGUGUUUGGAGUUCCUUUAUUUGAUAAUAAAUUAAAUAACUCUAUAUGCAAUGCAAUAGUCAACGAAGGACUGUGGCACGAAGACAGUUUGGGGAAAUUGAUUCAAGUUAACAAGACACUGGCUUAUAAUUUAACCGAAUUCAUUCGUAAGGAACAGCAGGGUUUCGUCAGAUAUGAUGAUGAAUUACUUCUAAAGGAUAACGAAGCACCUUGGCCGGGCUCUAGUCUCAUGUUUUACGAAGGAAAAUUAUCAUCGUGGGAUCAAGAAUGAACACUAGUCAUCGCAUAUUUUUACGUUUCGUAUUUUCUAUUAUGUUACCUUGUGUUUUCAAUGUUAUAUUUGUACAUUCCUCUCAGGAUAUUGAAAUUUUUUUCUAUUCAUCAUUACUUCAUUGUGCACACGUAACGAUUAAUUUUUAAAUAUGACUUCGAGUAUCAUUCCAUAUUUUUACUUAUUUUAUUCCAAUUUUCAAACAUUUCAGGGCUGAUUUGCGUUAGGUAUAUUUUUAUUUUAAUGUUCUCGCAACGUUUUGCCGGAACAGUCGCAUUUAACAAAUUUAUAAUAAUUUUUUUACAUAUUCGUAAUCCAUUUUUUGAAGUUCGUUUUAAUUAUUUUUUACCUGUCGUAUAAUAUUGAUCGUUAGUAUUUUUUUUUAUUCCAAAGUGGGGAUCACUUUAUUAUACGCAAUUACUGAAAUUUUUCCUUAGUUCCGUCCCGUUAUAGUGUGAGUACGAGCUUGUUUAUUGUAAAUAUUUAUAUAAAAUUAUCCUGACUGUAUAUUGUGUAUAAUGUAUUUCGUUUAUUACGGUUUCAUUAGCUCGCAAUAAAAAUGCUAAUGAAGUAAGUAUACCGUUUGCAAAAUACACACUCGCUCAGUAAAGUAAUGGGCGGUUUUAUGGACGUACGUAUGUAUAAUGAUAUUGUAUUUUAAAACAUUUUUACAUUAUGGAAAAUACGACAAAAAUCGUAUAAAAAAAUCAGUACCGAUUUGUUGAAGAUUGUAAUCAAUUUUUUGCGCCGUUUUUCACAGUUCUAGUUUUACCUUAUUCAGUGGGGUUUCACGUAUUGUUUACCUACCUAUUUAUACAGCUGUAUUUUCGAUUUUACGAAAUACACCGUAUGCAUUUAUAA